CCAAUGCACUUUGAAGCGUAAAGCAUCCAGGAGCAUAUUUCCAUACUUCAACACAGAUUACACUGAAAAACGUAAUAUUUUACGCAAAAUGGGUUUGCAGGACUUUAUUAUGCCGACAGUUGAAAGAGUCAAAGAGACUUUCAGCAGCAUGGAUCGAUCUAAACUUCAGCUCUUGGCACUCUCCUCUGCUGGGGUUGGUGGACUUUUGUGCUAUUUGGCAUGCAGGAAACCCCCCAAAAAGAUGCCAGUAGGAGAUGGCUGGUGGGGAGCAGGGAAGAAGUCCCUGAUCGAGGACGAAACUGUUCACAAAUUUGUGGUUAAAACCUCAGUGGAAGAGAUAAAGGAUCUGUACAAACGCAUUGAUCUGACACGGUACACAGACCCACUUGAAGACAGUUGCUUUCAUUAUGGAUUUAACUCAACCUAUCUUAAAAAUGUGGUCUUUUAUUGGAAGCACCAGUUUGACUGGGAGAAGCAGGUGAAGAUGAUCAACCAAUACCCUCAUUUCAAAACCAAAAUUGAGGGAUUAGAUGUGCAUUUCAUUCACGUGAAGCCUGUUCAGACGGCUGGACAGAAAGUUCUCCCACUCAUUAUGGUUCAUGGCUGGCCAGGUUCCUUCUUUGAGUUUUACAAGGUCCUUCCCUUGCUCACUAAGACUGAGUCAGACGUGGUCUUUGAGGUCAUCUGUCCCUCAAUUCCAGGCUAUGGAUACUCUGAACCCCCACAUAAACAAGGAUUUAACUCUAUUGCUGCUGCCCGGAUCUUUCAUAAGCUUAUGGAAAGACUGGGAUUCACUGAGUAUUAUCUGCAAGGGGGAGACUGGGGAUCCCUUAUUACCAGCAACAUGGCCCAGAUGAAGCCAGAGUGUGUUCGUGGCCUUCACUUGAACAUGAUCACUGCUAAGACUGAUAGUGUUGGACUUUUCUCCAUACUUGUUGGUCGUUACCUUCCGUUCUUGGUGGGCUUCACAAAAGAAGAUGUCAGACGACUCUAUCCUUACAUAGAAAAGAAUAUUUAUGAUAUGCUGAGAGAAAGUGGUUAUUUACACAUUCAAGGCACUAAACCAGAUACAGCAGGAUGUGGGCUGAAUGACUCUCCUGUUGGAUUGGCUGCCUACAUCUUGGAAAAGUUCUCCUCCUGGACAGACUUGCGAAACAGAGACCUAGAGGAUGGGGGUUUGGAGAGAAAGUUCAGUCUAGAUGAUCUUCUUACAAACGUCAUGAUCUACUGGACAACACGUUCCAUCAUUCCCUCAAUGCGUUUCUACAAGGAGAAUCUGAAGAAAGAGAUUGUGGACAGUGUCAACAAUGUGAUUGUGCCCACUGGCCUGGCUGCAUUUCCUAAUGAGUUAGUCCACUGCCCCAAGACCUGGGCUAGCUCACGGUACAGAGAUAUCCGUUCCUACAAUUACAUGCCCAGAGGAGGACAUUUUGCCGCCUUUGAGGAACCCCAUCUUCUGUCUCAAGACAUCAUACAGUUUGUGGAGAAGGUGGAGAGUAAAAGACGCAAAUAACAAGUUUGUUUCAAACUAGAACAAUCUUUUUCAUUGCUUUGAUCAGUUCAAGUUCCCCAAAUCUUUGUAUAAUUGUACACUGUUCUUACCAUAAUAAAUACAUGCUUUCUUAUCAAUCAUAAAGUACUGUAAAGACAAGUUUAUGAGGUGUUAGGUUUUAAGACACUUACUUCAGUUUUAAGUAAAAAGUUACAAUAUCCAUGUUACAAUCAUAAGUUUACGUCAUUACAAUUUAAUUUAAUAAAGUUUGGACACAAGA